CUCUAAAAAUUUACGGCGUCUUGUUCGGGGGCCACUUUGCGGGCGGUUCGCAGUGUAAUUUGUCUAUUCGGUAGUAGUUCAAGGCUCCCUGUGAUCUGAAAGAAUGAAAGGUUUUCGCGCUUUAUUUUAUCCACUAUCUAUAACGUUCAUUGUACUGAUUUCAACAGUCAGCUUCGCGAGUGUUUUGUGCCAUGGUGAUGAUGAUGAAUAUGAUGUUAUGCACCCCCAACUUCACAUUUUGCGUGAAACCAUCACAAACAGGCGCUUCAAACGCGACAUGCCACCUGUUUAUUUUCAAUCUCCUGACGAUGAGCGAAAUACAAAGUAUUGGAACAAUGUGGCGCAGGAUAUUCUAAAAACGCAAUUAAACAAAAAUCGAUUAAAUACAAAUAUUGCGAAAAACAUAAUUUUAUUUCUGGGCGAUGGAAUGUCCAUCCCAACGUUAACAGCAGCACGGAUCGCGCUUGGGGGUGAAGAGCAGAAGCUGUCGUUCGAAAAAUACCCUUAUGUUGGACUGUCUAAGACGUACUGCGCUAACACUCAAGUUGCCGACUCAGCGUGUACAGCCACUGCAUAUUUGGGAGGUGUCAAGGGCAACUACGCAACAAUAGGAGUAACAGCAAAUGUAAAAUUGAACGAUUGUGCAGCUGAGAACGACACAUCAAAUCAUGUCCACUCGAUAGCACGUUGGGCUCAGAAUAUGGGAAUGGCAACGGGUUUAAUAACAACUACCCAGGUUACCCAUGCAUCACCAGCAGGUGUCUAUGCCCACACUGCCAACAGAAACUGGGAAAGCGAUGCUCGCCUUAUACGUGAUGGCGGAGAUCCAGCCUAUUGUACAGAUAUUGCUAAACAAUUGAUUCAAAAUCCUGUCGGACAUAAUCUAAAGGUGAUAAUGGGCGGUGGACGACAGGAACUUCUACCUGAUUCCGUACUCGAUAGUUUCGGACAUAAAGGCAAACGAAAGGACGGGAAGAACCUGAUUGAUCAAUGGAAACAGGACCAUGCAGAUUACUCGGCGGCCUAUAUUGAAACCAGAGAUCAAUUGUUAGAGCUACCAAAGGACACCGAGUACGUUUUAGGGCUUUUUAAUUACACGCAUUUACCAUUCCAUGUGGAUGCGGACAACGUUACAACCCCAACCCUUACGGAAAUGGUCAGCAAAGCGCUGGACAUCUUCCAAAGAAAUGACCAAAGAUACUUCCUCUUUGUCGAAGGUGGUCGCAUUGAUCACGGUCACCACUCAACCCAGGCAAUCAAAGCCAUCGACGAAACCGUAGAAUUUCAGAAGGCCAUUGACAUGGCCAGGACACGAACUAACGAAGAGGAUACACUCAUAGUCGUCACAGCGGAUCAUUCACAUACCAUGUCCGUUGCGGGCUAUUCUAGUCGGAAAAACAAUAUUUUCGGAAUUAACAAUGGACAAUACGCUGGGGAUAAGCUACCAUACGCAACACUGAGUUACGCUAAUGGACCAGGAUACGACCGCAAUAUGCGGCCAAAUCAAGGACGUAGGAAAAAUCUGCUGGAGGUGAAUAUGGCUGAUAAGGACUACAAAUUCCCAAGUGGCGUCCCAUUAGACUCGGAAACACAUGGUGGCGAUGAUGUUGCUGUGUUCGCUAGCGGUCCAUGGGCUCAUCUAUUUUCAGGAGCUUAUGAGCAGAACGUUAUUCCGCAUGCAAUGGGCUACGCUGCAUGCAUUGGCGACGGAUUAACAGCGUGUUCGACAACGAAAUAGUUGAAGAUAAUAAAUACCAACGCCAUCAGCGACUAACGACAAAUAAUAGCGACGAAUCGAUCCCCGCAUAAAUAACUUUCCUAGAUGAAUUUAUUUGAGAAUUUUUGAAAUAUUUUCAUUUUUUCAAAAUAUUUAUUGUAGAGAAAAAUGUAAGAUAAUUCCUAGCAUUAUUUAUUAGUAGUAAUUAUUCAAUAGAAAAUUACCUUUAUGUUUUAAUAAAGACAAUUUUUCUG